AUGGCCGGAAGAACAGUAUCUGGCAGUAAAUUCGUGGCUUCAGAGGACCACCUUGGUGCUGACAGGCACCAUGUGGCAAGGAUAGGUCAAACCAGUAGCAUCUCUGCCACUACCCUGAGCUCAGGUAAAAACAACCUGCAGAAUAACAAAAAGGAAAUUGUUGGCACACUUCUAGGACGUGAUGACUUUGUCAAUAUGGUGCUGGAAGAUGUCACUGAGUAUGAAAUCGCAGCAGAAGGGAGAAUGAUUACUAAAUUAAACCAGAUGUUGCUCAAUGGAAAUAAUAUAACAAUGCUGGUUCCUGGAGGGGGAGGACCUGAAGUAUGAAUCCAUUCCCUUGACUGAUGCCAGAUUCUGUGUCGGCUCAUAAUGACAACAAUAUGUAAUUUUUUUAGGCCUUUCAAUGUCUGGAUUCUGUGAAGCUAAGGUUCCCAUUAGAGGGAAAUGCUUUGAACAGGCAUUGUAAAUGCCAUUUUUAUAAGUUAAUCAUGUU